AUGGAACCCUCCCACCGAGCCACCACCCAUAGACCCCCAAUUUCCCCCCCCAUCCAGAGUCCCCGUUCUCAACAAACUUCAAACCAGACCAUUCCGGCCGACUUGGGCACAAGGAACAAACACAAGCACCAUCGUCGUCUGUCGCACCGUACAUAUCUCCACGCCCAUGUCCACAACGGGCUCUAUCUACCCCAUGAAAGAUGGGUCGAAGAUCACUUGAUUGGAGGCGAAGAUCAUCACUGGCGCCAACCUAGAGGGCAACGUGAUCUCGGCACAGGUCUUGAUGGACAACGAGAAAAAUAUAGAAGGUUACGACCACAUAGGAGACAUGCAUCGCGCGAGCGACGUCUGAGGAGCCGCUCCGCCAGAAGAGAUAUAAUCCCUGUGGAGGCCAGUGAGAUGCCGGUCGGUUCGCCAGACAAUGCCGAAGAUGCUAGAUUGUCGGGAAAGAUAUCUGAGGAGAUAGCAAACGCGCAUGAAAUGGACAAUGUGAUUCGGCUACCUUUUGUGCAAAGCAUGGAGUACAUUCGUCAGGAGGACGUCGAGAAGGAGAGGGAGAGAAGAAAGGAGGCAGAGAAGUCCAACUCCGCCGCUCUCUCCUCUAUCGCAGAUCAUUCCAUUAGAUUCUCUCAACGCCUCGAUAUCGCGUACUAUAACCUUCUUGACCGACUGUCUAGCAUCCGUUCCACAAUUCAGUCGUUUCAGAGUCUCUGCGAACUCACAACAAAUCUGGACACCGAUUUUAAUAAUCAAGCCGCCAAACUCGUCCAAGAAACCCGCAAGCAGAUCACCGAUUUCCAAGGAUUUGUGCCACAAAUUCAUAAGGUGGAAGCCCUGGAGCGUAGGAUGAACGAUUGUCGGGAGAAGGCGUUGAAGCUAGAUAAGCGGCUUGAAGCUGUACGGGAGCGAAUUGACGCAUGGGAUCGUAAGGAGGUCGAGUGGCAGAAGAGGGUUAGCCGUAGGUUAAGGAUUCUGUGGGCGGUCAUGGGGACUGUUGUUCUGCUUCUCGCGGCUGUCGGCUUGGUGGAUCACUUUAAACUACGUUCGGCUUCGGAGGGAUUGGGAACUACGGAAAACCUGAAAGCGGUUGUUGCUGGAGCCAUUGGAAACACGACAAGGUGCCUGGACGAAGUACAACGCUUAGAUGUCCAAGCUGAUGAUAAAGGGCUUUCGGCAAACCCUUUUGGCCUUAACACAGAAAAUGGGUGCCAUAAUUGUGGAACUGGAGGGCCAACAACAGCACCUGGGCCAAGGGGUCCGGAGAAGACACGAAGAGUCCUUGAUGAAUUAUGA